AUGAAUAACUCAGACGCAUACUUUGGUUAUGAUAACAGUUUAGAUAACCAUCUCAACACUGAAGAGGCAAACGCAAACCUUGAGCUAGCACUCAAGUUUGUACAAUCCCAGAGUGGACAAGUUGAUAAUGGGAACGAACAUAGCUUCCCUACAGAACAGACUCAGUUCGAUCAGGAGCAGGUUUCUAAUCUACUCAAUCAAGCCCAGCAGCACCAACAGCAGAGGACAGGCUCACAAUCAAACGAUGACGAACACUCAGAUUACUAUCAAGAAGACGAGGAUCUACCACGCAAGAGAGGUCCAGGUAGGCCACGAAAAUCUAGAGGCCUAGACGACGACGGUAGACCGCCACGCAAAGCUCGUGCGCCCAGAGUACGCGACGAAGUUUCAAAGUCAACAAAAGGAAAAUACGCGUUAUUACGUGAUAAAGCUGAAGUUGACGAGGAUAAAAGAUACCUAGAUGAGCACCAUGGGAUCGUCAUGACAACUGGACAGGCUGUCUUACAAUCUCAUAUAUCUAGAAUUUUACUUGCAAAAAUUUCAGAAGCUGGAAUUGGACAAGCAUCCGGUGAAGCUUACGGUAGAUUGCCUAACGGUUUCACAGCCAAUCCAUCCACUUGGCUAGAACCCCAUGGUUGCGAUAUAUCCGGUUGGCCUGAUGGAUUACCACCAACAGCUAUUGGAGGUUGGACUAAUCACCAACUCUACGCAGUACUUAGGUUGUUGCUUGAAGAUCCUAACAACAUUACAAUCUAUAGAACUGACGGAAAACCCGCGAUACCACCUCGACCAUUCCAGGGGAAACGUAGAUCAGCGACUGUUUCUUCAAAUAGUCCUGCUAGAAAGCGUACAAAGAAAAAGGCAUCAUCUGUGAAGAUGGAAGACACAAAUUCACUUGGCGUUGGUACGUCAUCUGCCGAAGCUGAUGCACAAGCUGCUGCUGCCGCCGCUGCUGCUUUGCAACAACAACAACAACACUUCCAUACCGGAGAACCAUCGACUCUAGACUUGGACCAUCGGUCAUCACACUUAUUUGAUAUACAAUUCAGUCAUAAUGGCCAUAGUAAUCCUGAUGUUACAACUGAGAACCACCUAGCAAACUUGGUCGAAUUCGCUCAAUCACAUUCAGCUAAUAAUAAUGGCCAGGCUUUGCAAUUCAUCAACAAAAGAAAUAACGACAGUGUAGUAGAUGAGCAUGGAGGACAUCAUCAGCAUCAUCAUCCUGAUCCAGAAGCACUCGCUGAAAUAUCCAGAGCAUUCUCGAUUGAACCAUCGCAAGGGAAUACAAGCCCUUCACAAUCGUCUUUUCAAAUGUCAACGCCAGAUCUAAAUUAA